AUGAACAGGGAGGAAAAAAGCUGUUCCAAACUUAUCACCUUAGCAGAAGGGUCCAUCAUUCAGUCUGUAGAUGCCACUAGUAACCUUAUUUUGGUAGCCAAUGGAAAUAAAGCAUAUGUAUAUGACCGUACAGGUAAAAUACUGAAAAAUACAAUCAGGGGAGAUAUGUACAUUACCGAUGUUAAUAAAACGAGAGGACACACCAGAAGUGUUAACUGUUGUCGUUUCCAUCCGUGUAAUGAAAAUAUAUUCGUAAGUGGCAGCUUAGAUAGUACCCUUAGAAUUUGGAACUUGGAGAAAAAUAUUUGCUACGGGAUUGAUAAAGAGCUAGUUCAUCAUCAAUGUAUUAAAGUGGUGAAUGAAAGGAACAUGAUGCAAAAUAAUGUCCUUUGUUGUCAGUUCGUCCGGGAUGGAAACUCUAUCAUAUUAGGAUGUGAAAACGGACAGAUAGAAGUGAGAAAUAAAAUAUCAAAUGACUAUAUGUAUAGCCCCAAACCUAAGCAACAUAUCAGAAGGGAGAUUUCCCAUUCUGACUCCGUUGUCGAUAUUUUGACAUGCAAAAAAAGGGAUAACUUUUUUUUUACCAGGAGCUUAGAUAACACCGUUAAGUAUUGGGAUAGAAGGAACCUACAAAGGUGCGUGAAAGCUAUUGAAUACGUUCCGACCAUUUUUAAAAACAGUAGCAUGUCUUUGUGUGGGAGUGAUGAGAGGUACCUCGUGCUGGGCACACAAGAAAGGAAAGAAAUGCUAAUGGAUGAGGUGCAUCUAAAUGAGAGUGCCAUAGGAGACCGAGGGGGUAGUGACCAUCAUGGAAAAAAUUCCUUACCCCAGGAAUUGAAAAAGAACAGAGCCGACUUAUAUGCCAACAAUUAUGUGAAGGUCUACCAGGGGGAUGAAGACAUGGAGCAGUUCCUAAACGAAGUGGCUGCUUCGAACAAAACGGAAAAGUUCAUAAAAGGUGCACUAAAGGUUUACGACACGUACGGAGAGGUCUUCAAUUUGGUGUAUGAGAAGCGGUACGAAGAGGCAGGCAUCAUAUGCACUCAUUUUAAUGACCACAUAAAUCAACUCUUUUUGGGCACCACGGAUGGGAAUUGCCUCGUCUAUUACGAUGACAGUGAUGACGGUCAGCACAGGGCAAAUGCAUAUGAGAAGAAGCGGCAAAUCGGCAUGUACUCUAAAUAUAUAGUAGAUGCCGAGCCUAGUGGGAAGACCUCGUCUAGCAGCCAAACCAACAAGGGCAACGAGUAUGAAGAAGAAGACAUUGUUGAAAAUUUGCGAAAAAGAGAACGGAGCAAACAAGGGGAAGACUAUUUUAUGAAUGUCUACAAGUAUACGCAGCCGCGUGCCAUAAUUGACUACUCUUCUGGCGAGGAGCAGGAGUACUCGGAGCUUUUGAAGAAACCAAAGUGCCCCCAGUGCGGGGUUAAGAACUGCGUCUGCGGGUUUAUGCGCUCGGGGAGGAAGCGCGGCCGAUGA